GCUGCAGCUCGCCCCUCGAUGCCAAUACGAGCAACCGAUGUUGCCUUAGAAUCUGCUGUUUUUGCGAAAGUGCUCUCAAGUGGCAUACCUAGUGGGUGGUUUCAGGAGGCGCGAGGUGUGGGCAAUGCCGCUUGGGCAUGGUAUUUCAGCGAUGCACGACAUCUCCCCAAGACGUCGCUGGUUGGCCGAAUGGACGUCCGCCUCAGUCGCUAAGUGUGUUCACCGCCGGUUGAACGUGUGCUGGGUCCGUCCGGCUCUGCUAACUAAAAUAAUACAUACAUAUAUGUGAUCGAAUGUUUCUUUUAGUUAAACUAACAGUGCUGGAAGUGCCGGCUCGUCACAGUUUAAGUGACGAAAAUUCAUUAAAUUAAUUAUAGUUGUUAAGAAUGCUUUUUUCGAUCCGUAGAUAUUGUAAAACAGUAAUGAUAAAUAAUAAAUUAAUUGGUGAAAUAAAUGAAUGACGCAUUUAAGUAAAUACUUAUACAUAUGUAUGUACAUAUAAUUUGUAUAAGACUUUUAAUUGAAGAAAUUUUGCUGUUAUUGCCUGAUCACUAUAACAUCAUAAAAUAACUAGUCAUGAAGUUGUGUGGCGGUAUUGCUAAAAUUUGUUCAGUGUGAAGGUUGAACACCGGCUGUAGACACAACUCGUGGAUGGCGCACCAGACUGAACACAGUGCAAUAAAUUACAAUCCGAAAAUGUCCUACCGAGGUACGAAGCAACCAACCUACCACAACAUUAGUAAAUAAUAUACAUACAUACGCCACCAAAAAACGACAAUUUCUUGAAAGACAUCUCACAUUCGGAAACAACGACCUGUAGAUAUUCCGAGUUGAAGAAGAUAAAAAAAUCAGGAAUUGCCAAGCUCAGAUUUUUCUGUAACCGAAAGAUAAAGAACGAAAACUAUUAAAAAGCAACCAAGCUAAACACCCAACAAAUGCGAAUGAUCUAUAAAUAAUCAUAGCAAGCACCGGCAUAUAACAUAAACAAAGCAUAAAAUAAACACGCGUCUAAGUGAGUACUUAAAUAGCAAUCACACUGAGCGACAUACCAGCAAAGAAGCGCCUCAAAGUAUGUUUAGUUUGCUGCGGCGUUCCACAAAGAAGAAAAAGAAACCGAGUCAGGAGAAAAGUCCCAAAGCAGCGCGCUAUUCAGCGGGAGCGCCAGUAGAGCGCGCUACUGGUGAUGAUAAACCCCAUUUAACUGGAUCAAUUGAGCACUAUCGAUCAUAUAAUGAGUGGCAUCGUCAACGCGAACGAGAACGUGAAAAUGAGCAGGAGCGCCAGCGAUAUGAGCGACGAGCGCGACUACCAAUACAUGAAAACACUGGUAAAACGUAUAGGCGUGCAGAAAUAGACGAAUUCGAUGAUUUAAAAGAUUUAGAAGAAGACGAAAAUGACUACUGUGAUGAUGAUGCGAGAAGUGAUGAGACUGGUUUGGUGUCUGCGGGGCUAUUUAGGGGCGGCGGUGUGGCAGCAACCAACGAGCGAUGUGUCUAUUUUAGCGGCAAACGCGUUGAUGGCGAGCGCGAUCGCGAAGUGGGGUGCAAAUUAAAUUUAGCAAAAACAACAGCUACCAACAACACAACACUAAGUGAUGCGGCAGCCACAGUCGUAGCAAAAGAACAAACAGAAUUUAAUUUGGAGGGCAGUGCGGCGAUAGAAGAGGCUGGGGCAGCCGCCAACAGAGCACAGUCGUCUGCAUGGCCUAUCGAAUCGGCCACUUUGCGUACUAAUGAUUCCACCCAAUAUGAAUUAGAUGUAGACCAAAUAAAAAAAUUUUCUGCACAGCCAAACACAUUAGAUUUUCGACACGAUGACGGGCUCGAACGCGACGAGGACGUUCGUUUCGCACGACCAUCCGCUGUGCGCGGCGGUGUGUAUUGCCAUGACUCUGACUCGUUGAAUUGCUACGGCAGUUCGAACGAAGAAGCUGAAUGGCAGGGGCGAUUUCCACCGUCUGCCAAGUGCAAAAAAUAUACUAAAAACGAUCGAUUUGCCAAUCGAUCAAUAAUCGAAUCAGAUCAGCGCGAAUUUGUUCAAGAAAAGUCGAAAAGCACAUAUGCAAGUAACGCCGCGGGUGCGGAAAAUGUCGAAAGGGCCGUCAAAGCGACUAAUUUUAAUGAAAAUAGAAUUAGAAAUGCCAACGUCAAUAGGCAAGGAAGCAACGCAUUUUCCACUAAUGAGCAGAUUGCAUUAGCUAGCGACACAGCGAAUGCUGCUGCAGUUAACGAAGUGAAGUAUCGAAACUUGAAUAAUACAAAUAGAACAUCGAAAGUGCAGAAAAAUUCCGAAGCGAAACGACAAUCGAGACUAUCGCUGACAUUGGGACUGAAUUUAAAGGGUGCGCGAAGUAAAAGUAUAACCGACGUCUCAACGGCCAACACAGAUUCCAGCAGUGUCACCGGCUAUUACAGUGGUUCGAGUAGCUGUUCAGGUCGCGAGCAGAAAAAACGGUCGCAACUCGGCAAAGCAUUUAGAAAUUCAUUCUUGCGCGGACGUUCGCAGAGUAGUGACACAGAAACGCCCUACGAAAACGAAUCUAUAGCCGCGUUCGAAAAUUUUAAACCAGAAAAAAGUGUUAGCGGCGCUGGUAGUAGAGCCUUGAAAAAGAGUAAAGAAUUUCUUAGUGAUUUAUUUAUGGCGCGUGGACGUAAUCACAAUCGUAAUCGCAACCCACAAGUACAAACACAAAAUACACCCCAAAACCUACAAACACUUGCACGGCAACAGCACCAACAAAAAUUGGCACAACUUCAACAACAACAACCGCCAACGAAGGACGGUCGUACGUUCGCACCUGUCAGCUCGUCAACAAACGUCAACAACAAUAGUCAUCGCCAACAUCAUCAUCCCCCUCAAAACAUUCAUAAUAACAGCUCCCCCCAGGCAGAUCCAGUCGUAGUAAUGCAAAAUGGUCAAAAUAAUUUGGUUAGUACACACCUUGAAGUGAUCUCCGACCCCUUGAGAGCAUCCACAAAUAGUUAUCAAAUAACGAUGUCUAAUAAUAGUGCGAAGAAUGCCAGCCGAAUGGCCGAAGAGGUGGAGCGCCAGCGACGUAGCAAUUCAGCGGGAGAACAGCAAACGCUGAAGAGCGCUAAAGUAACUUCAACGUACACCAAUUUUCGCUCUCGCUCAGCUGAUCCGCAGUGGAGCGUGAGCGAGGCUGGAGCCCAAAGUGAGAAUAUUGCUAUCGAAGAGGAGUCGGCUGAUCGGAGGCUGAAUGAGGCUAUCAGCAGCGAGUGUGGCAUUAUUCGCGAAGUAAGUGCCGAUUUGAACGGUAACGUGAACACGGCAGGCACGGAAAAAAGCAACACGGAUCAGACGGAUGAUUGUAAACGUGAAAGGGGUCCAACGAUCAAAGCUAGCGAUCAAAACGAAACGAAAAACGUAAAUAGAAUUGAGUGUGUGGUGAAAACCGAGAAUAAAGAAAAAGAGAGUGCGUACGAAAGUGUAAAUUAUAGUGCCAUCACAGCCAAUCAGUGCAACGUGGAAGUCACGAAAUGUAGUGUUGCAAGUGCGGCACCGCAUAGUGCAUUCUCCAUAGCAACAACAACAACAACUUCGAGCUCAUCGGAAAAUAGCGGGAAUAACGAACGGGAGACAAGUGCGUUACCGGCGUCAUUAGAAUCUUUUUCGACGUUAGCCUGCCGAUCCGCUGAGCAUAUGGGACAGACGAGUGCCAAGCCAAGCGAUACCGCACCCUGCCGCCGUGCCAGUACUCCGCGUGAAUUUCGCGAAUCUCUUUUACCAGAUGCAAGUAAUAACGAUGCGUGUGAAUGUGUUGACGAUAAGCAACACGUAUUGCCCAUUUUGCCGAAAAUAACUGUUGUAGAUUGCAGCGGUAGUCUAAGUAGUCAAAAAGAGGGCAUUGCUGGUAGCCCGGUGGAGCAGGAGGUAUUUUACGACUUUGAGAAUGAACCACCUACGAAACGGGAGUGCAGUGGCGUAGAAAUAAACGCUGUCGAUGAACACAACAAUCAAGUAACUGAUGACAUCGAAGAAGAUGAGGUUUUCCACAAUCAGGAAACACCGGAAAAUAUUUACCAACCAAAAUGGUCAUUGCGCUACAAUCACACCAAACUUGAGAAUGUGCCCGAGCAAGAGGAAAAUGACGAGGAGGAUGAGGAUGAAAAUUACGAAGCAGACAGUGCCGCAGACUCAGAUUCCGACGACAUCGAAGCUGAUGCGAAUGUUGACAUAGCCAAGACCGUUGGCGCUGACAACCUUGACAUUGAAUUUGAGGGCAGCCAACAUUUUGAAAGCCCUGAGAGCAAUGCUCUCAAAAGUGCUAAUACGAGCGAUUCCAAUCUGAGCACCAGUUACCCCGACUCGGGUAUUAGUGGCAUCGACUCUCACUGCUCAUCGACAUCGUCGCAUAGUCGCCGGCAUUCAAGUAGCGACAAUGAAACGCGUACUGCGCGUGCCAUCAAGAGCGGUUCGCCAACAAUGCAACAGCACAACGGUCGGCAACAGCAGCAUCAGUCACAACCGCCGUCACAUCAACGUUUGCCCUUCGUGCGGGAUGGCAAUUCGACUGAUUGCGAUGAGACGCUGCUGCAGUAUGACGAUCUCGAAUAUGUUGCAGAAUUGGAUCCCAAUGAACGUUUGGUUUGCAUUGAGAGCAUAAGUUUGCCGGAUGUUGUGGUCGAGUCAACGACCGGAGCAUCGGGUGCAAAUGGUUCCGCGUCUUCCACGGUCGCAGGAGACAAUGCCUUUGGGGGUAGUGGCGGCAGUGAGCAGAUUAUCAACAUCAACGGUGCGACGGGCAACAGCAUCGGUAAUGUGCAUUUUAUACCAAUUCAUGUGGAAGGCAGUGACCAAACGACGCCGAAGGUACGCAGUGUUGACGACAGUGUACUCGGUGGUGGCAUUAACAAAUCAUUUGCGCACAUGAACGGGAUGCACCAGAAGUCAACGAUCGAGAUAACAGAGGACGGCAGUGAAUUGAUAUAUGACAAAUUUAAUGGACACAACAGCAGAAGUAAUGACAACAACGCAACUGUGGAGAAACUGAGACGAGAACUAAUUGAGCAAAAAUCACGUUACAACACGCAAAUUGGGGAUGCGCAGAAGAAUGUGCAAAAUUUGCAGAACAAAGUCGCGGAAAUGCAGGCGAAAAUUGGAAAACUGGAGCAAGAACUGUCGGCGAAGGCGUGGAAUGUAGAGCGAUUACAAGGCGAACUAAAGGCGGCGCAAAUGGACGACGACUUCGUGCGAAAGCGGUUGAAAUUACUUGAAGAUGAAAAAACAAGUCUACGCCACAAAUACAGUGAGAAUGAGGACGAGUUCAGGAGAAAAUAUGAGGAAGUCGAAACUCAGUACAACGAAUUGGAGGUGAAGUACAAAGAAACUAAACAGUUGGCCAGUAAUCUACAAACACAACUCGCAGCAGCGCAAUCCGAAGCAGAAGAAUGGCGAAAGGAAGUUGAAAAAAUACGCGGCGAAUUGGAAGCACAGAUCACAAUAUUGAAAAAUGCGCUGGAGAGCUCUGAGGCGGAACGGAAAAUCUGUCAGGAUAAAUGGCAAAAGGAAUUCGAAAUGUUGAGAACGCAAAACAGGGAUCGGGAAGAUACGCUAAUGGCCGAUUGUGAAUGGCAGCUUCGUCAGAUACAUCAGCAAAAUAAAGAAAAAACCGAUAAAAUUCAGCAAGAGCGAGAGUUGGCCUUGGAGAGAGCGGAGGAAUUAGAGAAUGAGUUAGAGGAGCGCAAGCAGGAAGUUGAAGGUUUAAAGGUAUACCAGGCUGAGGUUAAAUUGCUGCGGGGCGUUGUAACCGAACAGGAGCUAGCUAUAAAAUCUCUUAUGCAACAAAUCGAUAAUAUCAGAGGAGAACUGCAGCAGACCAAUACAAAUCUGGAGGAACAAAUGAAAGCCGUGAAGAAAAUCAAGAAUCAGUGUGAUAGCGCGCUCUGUGAUAAGGAACGAGAAGUAGUCAAUCGUAUCAAUGAGGUGCGGAAUCAAGCUGCCGUCUUCUGGGAGGACAAACUAUAUACAGAGAUGACAAGACUGAAAACUGAACUCGAAUCCGUUUACGUGGACGAGCGUCGGGAAGCUCUCGAGAAGCUGCAAACUGAGCAUAUUGAAGAGCUUCGUGCUCUAACAUCACGAUACAGCUCCAACGAGGAUGAGCUCAGAACUGAGCUCAACGAAUUGCAGGAGCGUUUUGAACGCAAGAGCGAAGAGUUCAUAGAGAUGCGGGAUAAAUCUGACAACACCUUGCUGCAAAUGCGAAUGCAUUUGGAUCGUGCUGAUCGUGAAUAUCAAAAUGCGAUGUGUCGGGAGGAAGAGCGGAGAGAAACAUUGGAAGAAAACUUGCAAAAAGAGUUUCAAGCCGAGAGAGAAGAAAUGGAGGACAAAUUCCGCGAGCGUUUAAGUCAGGUAAAGGAGGAAUUCGCUAAGGAGUUACAGCACGCAACACAGGAAAUUCGGGAGCAGCAUCGAAAGGAAUUGGAGCUACAGAAGGCCAAACUGCAAGCUGAGAAGGAGGAAGCGCUGCAGGAACUUGCAGAUCGCCAUCGUAAGAAACUGGCCGUUGUCGAGGAGCAAAUCAAGGAAAUUGAAAUUCGACAUCAACACGAUCUGAAGGAUCUUAAGGCGGCAUAUGAUUCAGAGAAAGCAGCUAUGGACAAACGGGACAUAAGCAAUACAAACGAAAUUGAGCAGCUCCAUAGGAAGUGUCGGUGCUUGACAAAUCUUUUUGAAGAGAUGCGCAUGCGCUAUGAACGCCGUGAUCCUCGCCCGGAGGAUCUGCGUGAAAUCGAUGAACUGCGUACCCGCUGUGAGUCCCAGGAGCGCGAUCUGUUCGACCUAACCGAUCGGCUGCGUGAAAUGCAAAUCCAAAUGACAGCUAUGCAAGCGGCUAACGGCGAUGCGGCCAAGAAGGACCUGAAACAGGUGAAAAAGCCGCCACCGAAAACGAUACCAACAAAUUGUGACGUCAUCUAUGAAGAUGAAAACGAAGAACGGGAAUCACCACCUCCACAAACAUCCCCCGUAAAUAACCAUGCGAACGCUGAAGACGAGGAACAAGACGAGGAGGAGGAGGAGGAGGAGGAGGAGGAGGAAGAGGAGGAAGGAAGUGACGAUGAGGAAGAAGAAGUUGUGGAAACAGCAGAGAAAGCUUUCGAGGAGUUCAGAGUUGCGAAAACUCAAUCGCGUGUAUUAGGUGGCAACAAAUCAAAAACUGCCAAUCUCAUCAUAUCAGGCAAAGAGCACAGCAAAAAGAAUAACAACACAAUUAAUGAGGAUGACGAGAGUCAUAUGAUUACAGCAGUGUAAUAGCCAAGCUGUAAAAUGCUGAGAUUUAAUAUUUCCUCUGCUACUCAUUUGAAAAACGUUUAACCAAAUUGACUACCUACACAUGCGCACACGCCCCACACACAAGCGCAUUACUCAUUUUUGUUUUGUUAUUGGUUGACUUUUAUUGAAUUUACAACUUACUUUAUUCAUAUACAUAGUUAGAAAUUGUUGCUUAGCUAUACAUAUUAUUUUCAUCGCAUUGGCAAAAAAACACAAACUCAUACGUACAUAUGAAUACAUAUGUAUGUGCAUAAGUUUAUAGUUUGUAUCUAUGCAACUUUGUGCCUUUUAAUUAAAAAAUCAUUAAGAAACAACACCCCAGUGCCCCGAAAUUUAUAAUACCAAACGAUAAAUUAAAAAAGCGAAACCGUUUAAUAAAUACAAAUUGUGAACUUAAAUUAAGUGCAAAAAAAUUGCAAAA